AUGGCUCUAUCGCGCUCUGGAGAACUUACACCGCCUGACGCCCGUGGUCGAUCUUCGAAACCGUAUACGCACUUGAAGAUCAAGUUUUUGGUGAAGAAGCAGAAUAACCAUUGGGAUGAGGAUGUCCAGGCUUCCCGAAAACAACGAUAUUACAUUGGGGCUUGUUUGCACUAUCAUGUGGUGAAACGAUGA